GAAGCCGGGCGGAGUGGGCGUGGCCUGAGGGCAGAGGGGGGCGUGGCCAAGUGACGUGUCCCGGGAGUGGGCGGGGCCUGGAGCGUGCGGCGGCGGGGGCGCGCCAUGGGGGCGGCGGAGCCCGACCUCUACCGGGACACGUGGGUGCGGUACCUGGGUUACGCCAAUGAGGUGGGCGAAUCCUUCCGCCCCCUGGUCCCGGUGGCAGCCGUGUGGGCCAGCUACGGGGUGGCCACAGCCUACGUGACCGCCGAUGCCAUCGACAAGGGCAGGAAAGCGGCAGCGGCCCACGAGCACGACCCCGGUAAGGCGACGCGGGUGGGGGUGGCGGUGGCGGACACCUUCGUGUGGCAGAGCCUGGCCUCGGUGGCCAUCCCCGGCUUCACCAUCAACCGCCUGUGCGCCGCCUCGCUGGCCCUACUGGGCUCCUUCACCCGCUGGCCUCUGCCCGUCCGAAAAUGGGCCACCACUGCCCUGGGGCUGGCUGCCAUCCCCGUCAUCAUCACACCCAUCGAUAGGAGCGUGGAUUUCCUGAUGGACUCCAGCCUCCGCAAGCUCUACGGCACCGAGGGAGAGCCCCCGUCCUCGCACUGAGCCCCCUCCCCACCCGGGGACUCACAUCCAGCAGAGCCAGGCAGGGAAACCUGAGGCACGCUGCUGGCUCUGGGGUGCUGCACCUCCUGCACUGUGAACCCACACACUCAGGUUGUGGCUGUGGGGUGGAAGCGUCCGCCCCAGGCCUGGUCCUAAUAAAUCAUUUCAUACAUCGCC